UGCGAUAUUAUUAUGGAAUCACACUCUGCCAAUUUGACCUUUCUCGUCCUCUUUCUCUAUCUCUAUCCAAAUCGAAAAGAGAUCAACGAAGAGAAGUUGCAGACGAAAACUUUCCCGGGAAAAAAUUCCAGAAAGUGCUAGAAAAUGUGCGAGCCCGAUGAUAAUACCGCCAGAAACGGCGUCACUCCUCCAGCUUCGAGGUCAAGGGAGAUUCUGAUGGAUGUUGAUGACUUGGAUCUCGACGGUUCAUGGCCGCUGGAUCAAAUCCCUUACCUAUCCUCAGCGAAUCGCAUGAUAUCUCCGCUUUUUGUUUCAUCUUCCUCCGAGCAGCCUUGCUCACCUCUCUGGGCUUUCUCCGACGGCGGAGGAACUAACCACGCGACCGCCGGUGGCGACGAUGAGAAGAUCAGCUCCGCCUCCGGUGUUCCUUCUUUCCGUCUCGCUGACUAUCCUCUCUUUCUCCCUUGUGGUUUUUCUUUCUAUUUUCUGCAAAUUCUGGUGCUUAUAAAUUCUCGUGGAUUCUUGAGCUCGUAUUCAUUUAUAGACUCUUCUCCAUCAGUGGCUGAAAACGCAACAGAGAAACACAACAGUUUCCAGUUUCCUUCUCCGUUGAUGAGCCUUGUCCCGCCAGAGAACGCAGACAACUACUGUGUGAUCAAAGAGAGGAUGACUCAGGCGCUUCGGUACUUCAAAGAGUCAACCGAACAACACGUUUUGGCUCAGGUCUGGGCUCCCGUGAGAAAGAACGGUCGUGAUUUACUGACGACCUUGGGUCAACCCUUUGUUCUUAAUCCUAACGGUAAUGGGCUUAAUCAAUACAGGAUGAUCUCUCUCACGUAUAUGUUUUCUGUGGAUAGUGAAAGUGACAUAGAGCUCGGGCUCCCGGGUCGGGUUUUCCGUCAGAAACUGCCUGAAUGGACACCAAAUGUUCAGUACUAUUCCAGCAAAGAGUUCUCGCGGCUUGACCACGCCUUGCACUAUAACGUGCGCGGUACACUCGCCUUGCCCGUCUUUAAUCCGACUGGCGAGUCCUGCAUAGGUGUUGUGGAACUUAUCAUGACCUCAGAGAAGAUUCACUAUGCACCCGAAGUGGACAGAGUUUGCAAAGCCCUUGAGGCGGUAAAUCUGAAAAGCUCGGAAAUUCUUGAUCAUCAAACAACUCAGAUAUGCAAUGAGAGUCGCCAAAACGCACUUGCUGAGAUUCUGGAAGUGCUGACAGUUGUGUGUGAGACCCAUAACUUGCCUCUGGCUCAGACUUGGGUUCCAUGCCAGCACGGGAGCGUUCUUGCCAACGGUGGCGGUCUAAAGAAAAACUGCACCAGUUUUGACGGUAGCUGCAUGGGCCAAGUCUGCAUGUCCACGACCGACAUGGCCUGCUAUGUCGUGGAUGCUCAUGUCUGGGGCUUUAGAGAUGCCUGUCUUGAGCACCAUCUCCAGAAAGGGCAGGGGGUAGCUGGACGAGCUUUUCUCAACGGUGGCUCGUGUUUCUGCAGAGACAUCACCAAGUUCUGCAAAACGCAGUACCCGCUUGUUCAUUACGCGCUCAUGUUCAAGUUAACCACUUGUUUUGCGAUCUCUCUCCAGAGCUCUUACACAGGCGACGACAGUUACAUUCUUGAAUUCUUUCUUCCCUCGAGCAUGACAGACGACCAAGAGCAAGAUUCGCUGCUGGGUUCUCUUCUUGUGACAAUGAAAGAACAUUUUCAGAGUCUAAGGGUUGCAUCUGGGGUUGACUUUGGUGAAGAUGACGACAAAUUGUCUUUUGAGAUCAUCCAAGCAUUGCCUGACAAGAAGAUUCAUUCAAAAAUAGAAUCCAUUCGAGUUCCCUUUUCUGGUUUCAAGUCAAACGCAACAGAGACGCUGUUGAUUCCUCAGCAUGCGGUUCAGUCGUCUGAUCCAGUAAACGAGAAAAGCAACGGGGCUGCUGUUAAUGGUGUUGUUAAAGAGAAGAAGAAAACAGAGAAAAAACGUGGGAAGACUGAGAAAACAAUCAGUCUGGAUGUACUUCAGCAGUAUUUCACGGGAAGUCUUAAAGACGCUGCAAAGAGUCUAGGAGUUUGCCCGACGACAAUGAAGCGAAUUUGCAGACAACACGGAAUCUCACGGUGGCCAUCGAGGAAGAUCAAGAAAGUGAAUCGCUCAAUCACAAAGCUGAAACGCGUCAUUGAAUCUGUUCAAGGCACUGAUGGAGGCCUCGACUUGACUUCCAUGGCCGUUAGUUCCAUCCCUUGGACACACGGUCAAACAGCAGCUCAGCCACUAAACUCACCCAACGGUUCCAAACCGCCAGAGCUACCAACCACCAACAAUUCACCUAACCACUGGUCAAGUGAUCACAGUCCUCACGAGCCAAAUGGUUCGCCUGAGUUACCAAGCAACGGUCACAAGCGGUCAAGAACGGCUGAUGAGAGCGCUGGGACCCCGACCUCUCACGGCUCAUGUGACGGUAACCAAUUAGAUGAAACGAAGGUCCCGAACCAAGACCCGCUAUUCACGGUCGGUGGAUCGCCCGGGCUGUUUUUUCCACCUUAUUCUAGAGACCACGAUGUAUCCGCCGCGUCAUUUGCAAUGCCUAACAGGCUUCUUGGCGCCAUAGACCAUUUCCGAGGAAUGCCCAUUGAAGACGCCGGAAGUUCAAAAGAUCUUAGAAAUCUCUGCUCCUCUACAGCAUUCGAGGAUAAAUUUCCGGACUCAAACUGGAUGAACAAUGAUAAUAGCAGCAACAACAACAACAUAUACGCUCCUCCAAAGGAAGAAGCCAUUGCAAAUAUAACACGCGAACCAUCAGGGUCAGAAAUGAGAACGGUGACCAUCAAAGCGAGUUACAAAGAAGACAUAAUAAGGUUCAGGAUAUCCUCUGGUUCGGGUAUAAUGGAACUGAAGGAUGAAGUCGCCAAGAGGCUGAAACUUGACGCAGGUACGUUCGAUAUCAAGUAUCUUGACGAUGAUAACGAGUGGGUUCUGAUAGCUUGUGAUGCGGAUCUACAAGAAUGUCUCGAGAUCCCUAGAUCAUCCCGUACCAAUAUAGUACGGCUCCUGGUUCAUGAUGUAACGACGAACCUCGGGAGCUCUUGUGAGAGCACCGGAGAAUUGUGACCCGAGGUACUUUCAUUCAGACUCUUGUAAAUAAAUUUUUUGAAUUUUUUUACUGUUUAGGGUUUGUUUUUUAUUGUCCUUGGGUUUCGGUUGAGUAAGAAGCAAGGAACAAAGGUGUAAGAAAAAAAACAUUUGUUUGUAACUUGUAAUCUGUAUGUGGGAGAGUGAGAUUAGAAGUAAAUUUUAGUUAUAAACUAACUCCAAAUAUGUUUUUUGUUCUUUUUUAAAAAAAAUUGUACGUAAACAAGAA